AUGUCAGUCUUCCAGGGGUGGAUAUUUCUCUUCCAGAAGAAAAGGGUGGAGGUCAAAGAGCCUGAGAUGGAAAUUGAAGCUCCAGAGAUUAAAAUUGAGGUGAAAGAUACCGUAGGCUCCCCCUCAAGAUUCAAAAUGCCAACUUUAAAAUUCCCUCAAUUUGGUGCAGCAGCUCCAAACAUCACAGUAGAGGUACCUGAUAUGGACAAGGGCAUCAAGGGUCAUGGAUCUGAAAUUCCAGAACUCAAACUGACAAUGUCAGCAAUGAACAUUGAAAAGCCAAGUGUUGACCUUAAAGGCCCAUCUAUAGAUGUGGAUGUGAAGAGUAAAACACUUGAAAUUGUCACUUUACCAGAGGCCAGCGUGGAGGUCCAACCACCUAGAAUUGAACUCAAAGUGUCUUCUGGUGAAGUUGAAAUGCCUGAGGGAGCUGCUACAGAAAUGGAUGUGAAAAUGAAAAAGCCACGGAUGUCAUUUGGAUGGUUUUCAAAACCAGAAGUGAAAGCAUCGGAGGUUGAUGUCAGUCUUCCAGAGGUGGAUAUUUCUCUUCCAGAGGGAAAAGUGGAGGUCAAAGAGCCUGAGGUGGAAAUGACAGCUCCAGAGAUUCAAGUUGAAGUGAAACAUGAUAUUGAGCUUGAGGGACAAGGAAGUAAGUUCAAACUACCCAAAUUUGGAAUAUCAUUGCCAAAGGUAAAAGGUCCUGAGAUGGAUUUCAGUGUAUCAAAGAAAGUCAUAGAUGUCACUUUACCAGAGGACCAAGUGGAGGUCCAACCAACUGAUGUUGAUAUCGAAGUGCCUUCUGGUGAAAUUGAAAUGCCCGAUGGAGCUGCUACAGGAAUUGAUGUGAAAAUGAAAAUACCACAGAUGUCAUUUGGAUUGUUUUCCAAACCAGAUGUGAAACCACCUGAGAUUGAUGUCAGUCGUCCAAAGGUGGACAUUUCGCUUUCAGAGGGAAAUGUGGAGGUCAAAGAGCCUGAGGUGGAAAUGAAAGCUCCGGAGAGUCAAGUUGAAAUGAAACAUGAAGAUUUAUCAGUUGAUGGAAAACUAGAAACAUCAGAGAUGGGAUUCAAAAUGGCAACAUUCAAAUUCCCUAAAUUUGGCGCAACGUCAAAGGUUGUAGUCGAUGUCUCUGAUGCAGAGAAGGAUAUUAAAGUGCCUGAUGUAGAAAUUAUAGAUCAACUACUUGGAGCUUCAUUACAAAUUGAUUUACCCGAACACGGGGACACAGUUGACAUUAAAGGAUCUAGAGAAGUACAGCUACAUGAUGCUGGAUCUGAAAGGCCCUCAGUUAAAGGUGGAAUGGCAAUAGCCGAAGUGUAUGUUCAUGAAGUUGAAGUUUCAAAACUGACAAUUGAUGAUAAAGGCCAUGGUUCCCCCAGCAAAGGUCAAGGCUCGCCUAGUAAAUUCAAACUUCCAACCUUUAAAAUGCCCAGAUUGAGCAUUUCAAAAUCCAAACCUGAGAAUGAACAUGAUAUAAAUCCAAAUGUUAUUUUGGAGAAUUAUGAGAUUCAAGUAAAACCACAAGGACCAGAGAAAUCACCAAAGUUGACUUUGACAACAUUUGGGGAGGUAUUAAGAAGCAUUGAUGUUGAAUUUGAUGUUCCCAAAUUAGAGGAAGUGGAAGAGAAGCUCACAGGCUCAAGGGAAGAUAUAACAGCCUCAGGGAAAACCGAACUAAAUGCUCAAACCAGUGUUGAAACCCAGUCUGUGCAUAAAGAGGAAGAAGCCAAAGAAAAAUCUAAAUUUGGGUGGGUUAAGUUUCCCACAUUUGGACUAUCUUCUCCUUCAGAAUCUGCCAAGAUUUUAGAAAAAUACACUUCUGAGAAAGGAGGAAGUGAGAAAAGCCCUGACUCUGUGGAACAGGACGCCAGCUUGACCUUUUCAGUACACUCAUCGGAUGCUUUUGCAGAUAUUAGUUCAACAGUCACAAGCAAACAAUUUGGUCCACCAUUGGCCUCUCCAACCAAAGUCACAGUGAAAUAUUCUGACCCUAUUGCCACUGAGGUACAGGGUGAUGUCAUCACCUCCACAGCAAGGACAAAAUUGAUUGCCUUUGAACCCUACUUGGCAGAUAAAGUCACCAUUCCAAUGUCCUCCGGAGUUUCCUCCUCAUCAGUGGACACCCUAAAAUUGGAGUCUGGUACACAUGUCAGCACAUCCAAUAUACAAGCAAUACCAGACACACAGAAGGCCACACUCUUAACAGAUUUUGGAUUGCAGACAGGGACCGCCGGAGUUUCUUCUGCAUCUUGGUCAGUGGACGACACCAACAAAACACAGAGUGAUGGGCAAACAGUUAUUGAGAGGCAUGUAGUUAGGGAAAUGUCAGGCACUGACAAGAAAACGGUUUUCAUAACCCAAAAAAUUACACAUGUGUUUGUGGCUGAGCCCAUCUCAGAUGAAACAGCCUCAUCUAUCAAACAGAUAAAAGACACUAUGCAGUCUGAGAAAAUGACAUUUUUUGAUGGGGCUGAAUUGGAGUGACUGGGAGGAAUACAGUAUGAUAAAUCCCUCCAUUGAGGAGUAAUAUCAGUCAGAUUAUUAUUGUGCUCUUAUUAAUUGUGCUUUCAUUUAUGACCAAGUUUUAAUAUAUACAGUUCAAUGUUUUGAGUGUUUACCUAGUACACUAUAUAAGUACACAAAUUGGCUUACAAGCCCCAUGAUACAGGUAGCGUUGUAAAAGCCAAUGUAAUUACUUCCGCUGAGACCAGGUCAAUUCCACAGUAACAGAGUGACAGCAGCUAGGUUUCCAUCCAAUUGGGAAUAUUCAAAAAUCUGCAUAAAGAAAAUAUGCAAUCAAGUUUUAAAAAUAUGUAAUUUUCAAAAUACAUAAAUCAUCCCCGUAUGAUGCAAUUUGCAGCAUACAGGGAUGAUUCUAUAUUUUGAAAGUUACAUAUUUUGAAAACUUGAUUGCAGACAAGCAAAACAUUUUGGGACUAUGUCAACAAUGAACUAAUGAAACAAAUACCAAAAAAUUGUUUCCGGGUGGAAUUUUUCUUUAAGUUUAUGCAUUAACUCAGAAUUAUUAAAGUUAGACAUUAACUCCAAAUGUUUAAGGUAAAGGUUAAGGAUUUGGGACAGGCAUAAAACAAAAAUAUCAAAAACAACUUUCUUUCGCUGGAUUCGAACAUGAAACCUUUGGCAAAUACACAUCAUCUCCCAACUUCCUCAGACAUGAAUGGUCAUCCAAUACUGACAUCUAUCGGGGUGACUUGCCUCUUCCAAAGUCAUAGUGGGUGGACCACACAAUAGCAUUCAGCCUGGUCUCAUAGACUAGACAUAACAUAGUAAACACAAUUACGACAUACAAAUCAGUUUGGUAUGGUUACAUAAGACAGAAGGUUACAUAAAGCAAAAAUAAAUGUAAGGUGGCUGGUCGGGGUGGGUGUAUAACAGGAAAGUCUAGCAACCGAAAGGUUGUCUGUUUGAAUCUUAUCAUGGACAAUGUUUGCAUUUGAGCUAAUUAUCAACUUUGUAACUACUUACUACUUGUGAGCAACUUUGCUACUACUUAGCAUGAUAACUAACCCUCCCCUAACCUUAACCUUAACCCUUUAACCUAACUCCUAACGAUAACCCUUAAUCCCUAACCCCUAGUCUAGCUAACAUUAACCACCUAGCCACCUAGCUAACAUUAGCCACAACAAAUUGGAAUUCUUAACAUAUCAUACCUUUUGCAAAUUCGUAACAUAUUGUAUGAUAUGUAUCGGAUAUACAUUUACGAUGUUAGGUCUACCCCUGAGUUGCAGUAUCAUGUGACUCCAAUUGAAUAAAUAUGAUGGUUGUUAUAUACUGUAAAUAUUUGCACAUAAAAGCAUUUCCACCACUAUUUCUCGCAUAAUUAAUUUUACUGACACAAAAUGAUCCCACCUUGUCUAGCUUAUUUAGUUUUCUCCCCCAAAAAUACAUUUACUGACAAAUUUGCAGGUCUGUUGUGAAUUUUUUUAAUCUGACAUAGGCUACUUUCUUCGCAUAAAAUCAGAACAUUUUACAAAAAUACAUUGACUUGAAGAACAGUGCAAAUGCAAAGUUUUAUAACAGAAUGAGAGUUUGUGCCUCAUUCUGUUACCAGCAUUUUUGGUGGUUGUUUCCUUGUUUGCAGAAAUUGUAAUAGUUUGCCUAAUUUCAGUUUAUGUGACAAAACAAGCAUGUAGAGUGUAGAGAAUCAUUGUACCAUCUAAACCACUGUGAAAUAGAUUUCCAUAACUAAAAAUAGAGCAUUUUCAGCUGUUUGAAGCUGGUGUACAAAACUGGAAAUAUAAGACGCAAAAACGAAACGUAAGAACUGGAAGCAUAGAAAUAGCGCACAUAGAACAGAUCUACCACUUCUUGCUUUCAAAGAAAAGGACAGAUCUAUAACUCAUAGUUCUAUGUGAAUUUGGUCACGUUGCCCAAAAAGUUACGUAAUGCAGCUUUAAAAGUAGUCAUUGUGCAUAGAGUUGUAUGGUUUGUUUACCUUUGCAAUCAUUGAUUUUGGUUUGACAUACAUUUUAAAGUAAAAUAUCUGAGUCUCAGUGUCACUCUGUUACCAUGGAAUUGUACACCACUGAGACCAUUGCUGUUUUUAGACAUCUCUGCAAAUUGUUAUGCUGUACAUAUAAUGAAGAGGAACUUGUUAAUCCACUGCCAUAUGCAUUUAUGAAUGAUCUCUGAUGUCUGCUCUUUAUUCGACAGGCAUAUAUAGAUAUAAGGUAUAAAUGAUCAUGAGUCUGAAAAAAUGAAUACGUAAUGAUAUACAUACAAACCAUGCAACAUUAAUAGAACAAAAACAGAACACAUAUAAGGAACUAUUCAAAUCUGUACACUUAAUACCAUGAAAUAUAUGAUGCUAAAAUUGAAUGAUUGUAAUAG